AUGUUCUUGGAGACUUUGCUUGUAGUUACUGUGGUGACUUGUGUUAUUCUUUACUUCUUGCGCCCGAAGGGAUAUCCGAAGGAGAAAGAAGGCGAAUGGGUUGGUGUAGCGAACCCUGGUGAGACGCGCAUUCUUCGCGGGUACAAAGGAGUCGAGAAGUUAACUGAUUUUACGCCACAAGGGAAUACCACCAUAGCGGACUUAGUGAACAGUUUUGCGAAGACUGAGAAAAAAGAUUUCAUUGGGUACCGGGAGCAGCUCGAUAAAGUCUCUGUGAAGACAUAUACUGUCAAAGUGAAUGGGAAAGAUGUCGAAAAGAAUUUAUACAAGUACAAGAUGUCCGAUUACAAGUGGAUAUCUUCCAUUGAAUUUUAUCAUAUGGUAUGUCGACUGUCUGCUGGUCUUAGGAAGUUAGGGUUGAAGAAAGGCGACAAAAUUGGGAUGUUUUGUGAGACGCGAUAUGAGUGGAUGGCAAUGGCAUUAGCUUGUAACAGACAAGGUAUAAUAGUUGUGACAGUAUAUGCUACUUUAGGGGAAGACUCUGCCAAAAUAGCACUUGAAGAGACUAAGUGUAGUGGUAUAAUCGUCUCCUCUGAGACAUCCGACAAGCUCGACAAAAUUCUUCCGGACUUUGCUGAUGAACACUUUCAAGUUAUCGACGUCGACCAUGACGAAAGCGUUCCGUUGAAUAACACAAAGAAAGUGCACAUCACUGGUUUUAAGCAGUUGAACGAAUCAGAAGAAGAUGAGAGUAACACGCCAACUGUAGAGAGUGAAGAUUUGGCUUUCAUCAUGUAUACCUCAGGCACCACACGAAACCCUAAAGGCGUCUUAGUUGGUCAAAAGCAGAUUUUGUUAUUAAGUAAAGCGUACAACGACUCCUUUGAAUUGAAAGAUGACAAGAUGCCUGCGUACUUGCCUUUAGCUCACAUUUUUGAAUUGUGUUUUGAGUUUGCGGUGCUGUCCAACUUUGGGUCUCUUGGCUAUGCAAAUCCACGGACAUUACUUGGCACGUCUUGUUCGAAUUGCAAGAGCGACAUGUUAGCUUUACAGCCGACUUUCAUCUGUGGUGUCCCGACUGUGUAUGGGAGAGUCAGGAAGUCGAUAUUAGAGAACAUUAGUAAUGCCCCAUUAACAAAGCAGCGACUCUUCUAUGGGUGUAUGGAAUUGAAAAAGAGGUUAUACAUCGAUUAUCAAAUCUGCCCGCCUUAUUUGUUCAUGCCGCUAUUAAAAAUGAUCGACAAAGUGGUCUUCCAAGGAAUCAAAGAGUCCAUUUUUGGAAAGAACAUUAAACAACUGAUUGUUGGAGGUUCUGCACUUCCAACAGAACUUCAGACCUUCUUAACAAUCAUAUUACCUGGUGUUGCUGUUGUUCAAGGCUUUGGGAUGACUGAAUUGUGUGGAGCGUCAAGUUGUAUGCCCCCCGGAGACUGCACGACAUCGACUAUUGGUCUUCUCUUCUCGCAUUAUGAAGCUAAAUUAAGAGAUGUCCCCGACUUGAAUUACUUCACUAACACUGUCCCACCAAAAGGAGAAUUAAUGAUAAGAGGCCCACCAGUGUCUAAGGGAUAUUUCAAUCGCCCCGAGUUAACACGGGAAACCUUCACAAAAGAUGGGUGGGUGUGCACUGGAGACAUUUGCACCAUCACCGCCAAUCAUCAUCUGUGCAUCAUCGAUCGUAUGAAAAACAUUAUUAAACAGCCAUGUGGAGAAUACAUCUCAUUAGAACUCAUCGAGUCAAAAUACGCAACUUCUAAAGUGGUCGACACAAUUUGUGUCUUCGCGGAUGCGUUCCACGACUUCACUAUUGCUCUCGUGCUCCCAAACAAAAAGGUCGUCGAAGAACUUUCUGAAGGAAAGAGCUUUGUUGAAGCGUGUAACGACGAAUCAGUCAUCCAAAAGGUCCGCUCUAUUAUGAAAUUGAACGAAAGUGGGCUGAGUGGGAAGGAAAUCGUCAAACACAUCGCGCUGAUCAGUGAAGACUGGAACCCCGAAAAUGAAAUGCUCACCGCCGCAUUGAAGUUGAAACGACCAGCUAUCGCUAAGAGAUACAAGGACGUCAUCGACGCACUCUAUGCCAAAAAUUGA